UAUCAUUUCCUUAUUAUGGCUGCACUACUGUACACGUUGUUGCUCUUCUUCCUGUCUGGCUCCUUCCUCGAGGCGGCCCUCGAUGAGCAGCGCUUCCAGGGAAUGCUAAAGCUAGAGCGGGAACUGCUGCAGAAUUUGCGAGACUAUGCCCUGGCGCUAAAGGAGAAGAUCAGCGUCAUUAAUGGCGCUCUGAGGGAGUACAACGAAGAGAUCGACGAGGCCAACGAGGAUCCGGAGCUGUAUCUGUCGAAUCCGCUGAACGCCUUUCGACUGAUACGCCACAUGCACCAGGAUUGGGUCAGCUGGCAGGUGUACAUGGAGCAGCAGGUUGGCCCCGAUCAGGUGGCGAAACUGGAGCGCAUCUUGCCGCAGCUGCCACAGCGGCAGGACUUCCAGAGAGCGGCCCAGACGAUGCAGAGCCUCGUCGAGUUCUACGCGUAUGAACCUUCCUCUCUGGUGGCUCAAGAAGAGUUCUACAGCGACUUGUAUCUGUCCCCCUUCGACUGCUACCACAUGGGUCUGGAGUUGUACCAGGAGGAGAACUACCACGAGGCCAUCAAGUGGCUCACUGUGGCCGCAGAGAACUACACAUUGUCGCCGUACAGCGAACUUUACAACGUGCUAGGGGCGUCACGCUCGGAGGUGUAUCGAAUGCAGGCCAGGACCUACCACAAACUCAACCGGGAGGAGGUGUACAUGGCCUACCAGAACGCCAUAAUCCUGGAUGAAUUCAACGUGCACCUGCUGCAAGAAAGCGGCGUCCUAGAGCUGCUUAGCCUGCGCGAUCCCAUGGAGCCUAUUGUGGCGCCUGUGACUACACCCAGUCCCCUGCAGAGCCAGUGCCGGGAAAGCGUCGUCGCGCAAUCUGGCGUCUGUGCGCACAAUACGAUGCUGUCAGCCUUCCUGACACUGGCCCGGCUCCGCUACGAGGAGGUGCUCCUCUCUCCCUACAUUGUAAUCUACCGGAAUGCCUUCUACGAGACAGAGGUCGCCCACAUCCGAGACGCCCUCAAGCGGUGUCCCUUGGAGGCCAAGUUCCCGAUACUUGCCGGUGUAAGAGGCUGCUCUGUCCCGGAUGAAUACAGUCCGGUGAUGAAGCGCCUUGGGGAGCGGGUGCUGGACAUGACGGGCUCCUUCAAGCCGGCGGAUAGCUUCCAUGUGCUAGAGUACGCCCAGCCAGAGCCCUUCCGUCUGUUCCAGCUGUUCAAGGAAUCCUCAAAAUUUUCCAACCUGGACUUUAACGAAAUCGAGUGUACUGCCAUCUUCUUUCUGAAUGAUGUGGAGGUAGGCGGUGCCAUCACCAUUCCACACUAUCCAAUGUCUGUGCAGCCGAGGGAAGGCGACGUCCUGAUCACAUUCCACGAGGGCGACUUUGAGCACACCGUCUGCCCCAAUGUUGUGGGCAGUGGAUUGGUCAUGGUAAAGUUUCUCUACGCGGAUACAGAAGAGUAAGCAAAGCUUUCUACCAUUACCAUUCAACGCGGUCUGGCGCAGAUAAAAACCAGAUUAAAAAAGCUGACCUCACGGAUAGGAUUGCUUGCGCCGAUCACCCACACUUCAAAAAUGCAAAAUGUAUACCCAAAAAAAUAAUUGUUUAGAAAUCUGGUAUUUGGAUUAAUGGAUUAAAAA